UGACGUCACCGCACGGCGGCGGCGACGGCCGGGCGCAUGCGCAGCGGGUAGGAGCGGCGAAGAUGGGCGGCUUGGGUGUUGGUGUCGGUGCAGCGGCGGCGGUCUUGUUGUGUUUUGGCGCUGCGGUGGCGGCGGCGGCGGCGCACGAUUCUGAAAGGGUCCUCCUUCGAGAAGUCCAAGCUUUGACACUGUACAGCGGACGAUAUACAAGUGGCCGGAGAGCUAGCCCGGUGCCCCAGCUGCACUGUGUUGGCGGCACAGCUGGCUGCAAUUCCUUUAUUCCGCAGGUUGUGCAGUGUUAUAAUAAAGGCUGGGAUGGCUAUGAUGUGCAGUGGGAAUGCAAGGCAGAUAUGGACAUUGCUUACCGAUUUGGAGCAGUUACAGUCAGUUGUGAAGGUUACAACUUCCCGGAAGAUCCUUACAUUUUGAGGGGAUCUUGUGGUUUGGAAUAUGUUUUAGAUCUUACUGAGGAAGGUCUUCAUAGACCAAAAGCAAACUCUGGAUUCAGUCAUCAGUCGUCUAAGUAUGAAAAUCCCACGGUUUUCAGCAAUUCAUCCAAUAUUAUAGUAAUGCUUUUACUAUUUGGCCUUGCCUAUUUGAUGUAUAUGACAUGUUUGAGAAUCCAACGGAAUGGCAGCGAGUCUCGCCCACAAUGUGAUGAAGAUUUUCACAGCACGGCAGGUCCUUCAGCAUGGCCCCCACCUCCUGGCUUUAAACCAGCCUACACAGGGGGCACAACAAACGAUGGCUUUUACAGCAAGGCCAAUCAGGGCUUUGGUGGGUAUCAAGCAGACCGUAGCUCAGGACCAGGAUUUUGGACUGGAGUGGGUGCUGGUGGUUUACUUGGGUACUUGUUUGGUAACAGAAGAUCUCAGCCGAGCAGUUCAUUUUAUGAAUUCCAGAGGGGAAGUCCUGCAUUUUACUCACAGCAAAGGCAAGAGAAUAAUUGGAAACCCGAAAACACAGGAAGCAGAACUGUGUCAGGCUUUGGUGGAACAAAAAGAAGAUGAGGAAAUGAAGUUCAAGAGCUUGGCGGCUUCAGUCUGGGAGUAUAUUAGAAUGUGGAAGAAAGAUAUUGCAUUGCUCAGUAAUUUUAGUCAUGUAAUUGGUGCAAACUUGCUAUUGUAUUCAAUUUACUGUGUUUUGAAUCUGCAACAUAAUUAGGGCAUAUUGAAAAAUGUGAUACAUGCUCAUAUACACAUGAGCAUUUCAGCCAAGAAUACAGUUUCAUAAAUUGAAAGGAAGUGUAAUUUGACAAUGUUGAUUAUACUGCCAGUGAGGUACAGUUUAAAUAUUCUGGGAAAUGGAAGUUAGUAGGUUAGAACAAAUCUUACCUUCUAACAAUUGUAAAUUUUCAAUCUAAUAUCUUGGCUAUCACUUUCAUUAACAAUGAUCUCAAUUGGUUGAAUAACUAAACAUUAUUUGGGGCAGGAGGGUAGAUAACUGUGAAUCAAUAUUCAGCAGCAGGACCUGCUCAAUAUUUAAUUUUACUUCUCAGAAAAUGUAUUCUAACCUAGUUUUUGUGCAGAACCUCGUGAUUUUCUCCAGUCACUGCUUCCUGUCCCCACUCCUUUCUCUCUUUGAAUAUAAAAUUCUGUCUGCAUUGCUGGAAUGCCUCCAGUUCUUCUGUGUUCUUACGGAUUGAUUGUCUUCAGUUGGUUUCACUGUUCACAAAUAUCAUGGGUAUUGGGGAGGAGAUGAGGUGGCUCAAUAAUUAAAUUUUGUUCUAGUUA